CAAAACAGCUGCCCGGCUAGCAGCGUUAGCUUUGGCACAAGUUGAUGUGUUUUCUGUCAGAUGAUGGUCGGGUCAUUUGAAAUCCUCAUUAUCUCGGAGUUGUUCUGGGGAAUGUACAGUGUUGACGUUGUGGCCGUGUGGUGGAGUUUACCCUCAGUUUGUCCACUUGUGUUGCCUGGUCAUGUUUGAUGAGAGGGAGCACAGAGGCAGGCUGAUCCCCGCUAUCGACCGCUAACAAAGAUUGUGUACUUUGCCAUGUCAGCCAGGGGAUGAGCGGCUGAGACAUCUGGAACUAGUUUACACAGGAGUGAACAACUUCAGCCGAGUGGACCGGUAGUUGUAAGAUCACCAUUAAGUAUGUGACAGCAAUACAUGGACCAUGAUAAUGAUGUCUCAAGCAAGCGAUCUGGAUGGGAAACCUGCUGCUGAAUGUUAACCAUAAUCGCUUCUCAUCUGUUGGCAUCUCCCAGCCGUGGAGUCAUCUACUGCAACUGCUGCUAUUUCACCACGUAAUUAAACUGUCAUGUCAUUACCAAAGGAGUCCGGGAAUCGAGGGAAAGAGAGAGAGCGAGGGGCCCGUCCCAAAGUGAGACAGAGCAGGUCGGAGGAGAGAAGAGAUGCAGGUGGUGGACGUAAAGGGGGGAAGGGGAAGAAAAAAGGCCUUACCUCCCACGAGCCAGCUGCCGAGCGGCCUGUCAGUGACGGCUUUGAGUAUGGUGAGCUGUUGAGUGAUCUAGAGUCCAGGGACCGGUGUUCCUCCUCUCCUCUUAAGGAAAGCAGGAGAUGGCAGGGCUCGGAAGCUGCUGCCUCAUUACUAGGGCAAGAGCGGCCAGCAACUAGGCCGGGACAGGGAACAGUUAGCUCUGCCGCUGAGUUACCUCCUCCAACCGAGAGUGAGGGCAAAGGGUCAAGUGGCAGCCGCACUCUGCGUCAGAAAAUUCAGGAUGCCAUGGGACAGUGCUUCCCCAUUAAGACACACAGUGCAGCCCCACCACCAGCUCCACAGGCUCUUACAUCGUCGACUGCUUGUGCCUCCUCGAGGCGCAAGAUCCAUCUGAGUGAGCUGAUGCUGGAUGACUGCCCUUUCCCUGUAGGCUCCGAGUUGGCUCAGAAGUGGUACCUCAUCAAGCAGCACACAGCCCCUAUUACCCAGCCUCCCCUGUUGGAUUCCAUGGUGGUGAGCAGCGCCUCCACUUCAACCAUGGCUACCGUGGUGGAGGAUGUGGACGACCGGUUGCGAGAACGCAGGCGCAUAAGUAUCGAGCAAGGUGUCGAGCCGCCACCCAAUGCAGAGAUCCACACGUUUGAGGUGACGGCCCAAAUUAACCCUCUCUACAAGCUGGGUCCAAAACUGGCUCAUGGUAUGAAUGAGCUGGCUGGCGAUGACAGAGCCACCAUUCAUCAGCAACAACAGCUGCUCCUCCAGAGGCAGCAGCAGCACCAGCUCCUCCUCCAGAGCUGCCUGGACACUCUGGACGAGGUGGUGGCGUCGGCCUCCGCGUCGGCUUCGGCCUCUGCCCCCUCUUGUGAUCCCAUCCCCGAUCCUCUGGCUGACUCAGAGGUUACAGCGACCAACAUGCCCUCCAGAGCCAUCCUCCCUCAGACUGAGCAUCACAAAUCUCACGAUGGCUACCGCAUUCACACUCAGAUCGAUUACAUUCACUGUUUAGUUCCAGACCUGCUGCAGAUCACCAACCUCCCCUGUUACUGGGGGGUAAUGGACCGCUACGAGGCAGAGACGCUGUUGGAGGGGAAGCCUGAAGGAACCUUCCUCCUCCGCGACUCCGCCCAGGAAGACUACCUCUUCUCUGUCAGCUUCCGGCGCUAUGGCCGCUCGCUGCACGCCCGCAUCGAACAGUGGAACCACAAUUUCAGCUUUGACGUGCACGACCCCAGCGUGUUCCAUGCUCCCACCGUCACGGGCUUGCUGGAGCAUUACAAGGACCCCAACUCCUGCAUGUUCUUUGAGCCCCUGCUGUCUAACCCCAUCCACCGCACACAACCCUUCAGCCUGCAGCACAUCUGCCGAGCUGUCAUCAGCAGCCGCACCACCUACGACGGCAUCAACAUGCUUCCCAUUCCAAAUGCUUUGAAAAAGCACCUGAAAGAGUACCACUAUAAACAGAGAGUGCGCGUACGGAGAAUGGACACCUGGUGGGAAUGAGCAGGCGCUGAUGAAAACUGACUAAAAGAACCUAACAUAUUUUUGAUGCAAGUUUCCCCCCUACUGAACAGUGAAUCGGCUUGUUAACCACUCUUCUUCCUCACCAACUCACCAAUUUGGCUUUAUUAAUCUACACUACACUGUACUUAUUUAUUUUUCUGCUGUAUAUGUCUUUCAAUUAUAUUAAACUAUAUGGAUUAUACA